CGGCGGCGGGGCGGGCGAGGCGGAGGUGGGGCGGCGGCGGGAAGCGCGACGGUGCGCGGUGCCCACAGCCCCCGGCCUCACGCCCAGCGGCCCCCGCGGGCACGGCGCGGGACGCCCCGCUAUGAGGAUGCGGCCCCGGCGCGCCAGCGGCGAGCACCGAGCGACGGCCCCGCGUCCCGCCCGGCAGCAGCGCGCCCCCUGUGGUUGCUGAGAAAUGGCCAAUGAGAAUCACGGAAGCCCUGCGGAGGAAGCAUCUCUAAUGAGUCACUCACCUGGCACCUCCAACCAGAACCAGCCCAGCUCCCCCAAACCUAUGCGACUGGUACAGGACCUCCCAGAUGAGCUGGUGCAGGCUGGCUGGGAGAAGUGCUGGAGCAAGAGGGAGAAUCGCCCGUAUUACUUCAAUCGCUUCACCAAUCAGUCCCUGUGGGAAAUGCCUGUUCUGGGACAGCAUGAUGUCAUUUCAGACCCUCUGGGAUUGAAUGCAGCUCCUAUGCCACUGGAAAGUGGAAUGGUAGAGACCUCAGUGGAGAGCAAGCAGAGGAAGAGGAGAUUCUCUGAGGAGGUUCCCCCAAGUGGCAACAGUGUGAAAAAGCCCAAGUCGGAUAUUCCGGGGACCCCAGCCACUCAGCCAGUCCCCAGCUCUCCCAGUAUUCCAGGAUCCUCUGUUUUGAAGGCGUGGUGUGUUUCACCUGAAGAUAAGCAGCAGGCAGCUCUUCUACGGCCAACUGAAGUAUACUGGGACCUGGAUAUUCAGACAAAUGCAGUGAUUAAGCAGAGGGCACCAUCUGAAGUGCUUUCUCCACACCCUGAAGUGGAGCUGCUUCGAUCCCAGCUCAUUCUCAAAUUGCGGCAACAUUAUCGUGAGCUCUGCCAGCAGAGAGAAGGGAUUGACCCCCCAAGGGAGUCUUUUAACCGCUGGAUGUUGGAGAGGAAGGUGGUAGAUAAAGGGACAGAUCCUCUUUUACCAAGUGACUGCGAGCCAGUAGUGUCUCCUUCCAUGUUCAGAGAAAUCAUGAAUGACAUUCCCAUCAGGCUAUCCAGAAUUAAGUUCCGUGAAGAAGCCAAGAGACUGCUCUUCAAGUAUGCUGAGGCUGCAAAACGGCUCAUUGAAUCCAGGAGUGCAUCACCAGACAGCAGGAAGGUGGUGAAAUGGAAUGUGGAGGACACCUUCAGCUGGCUGCGACGGGACCAUUCUGCUUCUAAGGAGGACUACAUGGACCGCCUGGAGCACCUACGCAAGCAGUGUGGGCCCCACGUGUCUGCUGCAGCAAAGGACUCUGUUGAAGGCAUCUGCAGUAAGAUUUACUACAUAUCCCUUGAAUAUGUCAAGCGGAUCCGGGAGAAGCAUCUUGCCAUCCUCAAAGAAAACAAUAUAUCUGCUGAGGUAGAAGCUCCUGAAGUCCAGGACAGGCUCGUGUACUGUUACCCAGUGAGACUGGCCAUCCCCUCCCCACCACUCCCCAGUGUGGAAAUGCACAUGGAAAACAAUGUGGCAUGUGUGCGGUACAAGGGGGAAAUGGUGAAAGUGAGCCGCAACUACUUCAGCAAGCUGUGGCUUCUCUAUCGGUACAGUUGCAUUGAUGACUCUGGCUUUGAAAAGUUCCUACCCAGGGUUUGGUGCCUUCUCCGUCGAUACCAGAUGAUGUUCGGUGUGGGUCUGUAUGAAGGAACUGGCCUGCAGGGGGCACUUCCCGUACACGUCUUUGAAGCCCUCCACAAGCUCUUUGGAGUGAGUUUUGAAUGCUUUGCCUCGCCACUGAAUUGCUAUUUUAAACAGUACUGUUCGGCCUUCUUGGAUACAGACGGGUAUUUUGGAUCCAGGGGCCCGUGCCUGGAUUUCUUCCCUAUAAGUGGGUCUUUUGAGGCAAAUCCUCCGUUCUGUGAGGAGCUGAUGGAUGCCAUGGUCUCUCACUUUGAGAAACUGCUGGAGAGCUCCAGUGAGCCCCUGUCCUUUAUUGUCUUCAUCCCUGAGUGGAGGGACCCUCCCACACCCGCACUGACCCGCAUGGAGCAGAGCAAGUUCAAGAGGCACCAGCUCAUCCUGUCAGCCUUCGAUCACGAAUAUCGCAGCGGGUCUCAGCAUGUCUGCAAAAAGGAGGAGAUGUACUACAAGGCUGUGCACAACACCGCCGUCCUCUUCCUGCAGAACAGCGCAGGCUUCGCCAAGUGGGAGCCCACGCCAGAGCGGCUGCAGGAACUCGUUGCGGCCUACAAGCAUUCAGGCCGGACCCUCAGCUCCUCGUCGUCCUCCUCCUCCUCGUCCACCUCCUCCACAGACAAGGAGCGAGAGCUGGGCCGGGAGCAAAGCAGCAGCCGGGAGACCAAUGCUAACUGAGGCGCAGAGGUGAGAGGCAGCAGGGGAGGUGCCGGCGGGCCCGAGGAGGCUUGCCGGGCAGGCGGAGAGACUGCUGGCUGUGCAGCACCGGCCCGGGGAACUCUUGCCCAGCAGCUCACGGCACCAGCCUUCCCCUGCAAACCGCACGCCGCCCGCGCCCAGCAGCGCCAGGAGCGCCCGGCUGCCGGCAGGGAGAGGAGCUGGGCCACGGCCUGGCUGGAGGGCCAGGGACCCACGUGUGGGCGGCAGGAGGAGCGGGCGGCCCCGUGGGUGCCCAUAUGUGGAUGGAAGGAGCGGCCGGAGCUGGGACGCACGCUAAGGGCGGAAGGACAGCGAGAGGGACGGCCGGCACGAGGCUCAGUGCUCGGCGCUGUGGCUGGAAGGGCCCCAGCGGCGGCCGCAGCCCGGCACACGCAGGAGAAACGCGGGCAGAGCCCGGGGUCCUGCGGCCGGACUGGCACCAGCACCGCCAUAGUGUCCAUAGUGUAAAUAGUUCUGUCUGUGUUCCUGAGCUCCCGGCAGGGCUGUGCCCGUCGCACCGCGUUCCCUUCCCACGUUGUGAGUCCCGUGUUGGCCGACGCUGUGUACCGUACCGGAGAGGAGCGGAGGAGAGAAAUUCCUUUGGUGUGUAAAGACGUCUUUGCAGCUGUUUUGUAGUCAUUGUGGUUUUUAUGCAGAGCCUCUGGGUUGUAUUUAACCUCCGUGGGUUUUGUUUUUUAAGGAUUAAUUUAACACCGCUAACCAUUUUAUUACUUUUAUCAAGAAGAGCAAAGUCUAUUUUUGAUUUCUGUUUCCUAGUUCUUAGGAACAUUAAAAACCAGCAUUCAGCUCUG